AUGAAGAAUAUGUACAUGCUUCAGAAGAUUCACCCGCAAGACUGUACUUUCUUUACAAGAAAAGAAAUUCUUAGACUUUUCUACAGAUACAGAGACCUGGCACCACAACUUGUUCCAGAAGACUACACAAAUAAACCAGAUGUGAGGAUUCCUUAUGAACUUAUAGGCAGCAUGCCAGAGCUGAAGGAUAACCCAUUUCGCCAGAGGAUAGCUGAAGUUUUCUCAGAAGAUGGGGAUGGAAACAUGACACUGGAUGAUUUUCUAGACAUGUUCUCAGUGCUUAGUGAAAUGGCUCCUCGAGAUCUUAAAGCAUAUUAUGCUUUCAAAAUAUAUGAUUUCAAUAAUGAUGAUUACAUAUGUAAAUCAGAUUUGGAAAAGACACUGAACAAGCUCACUCGAAAUGAGCUAACACCAGAAGAAGUGUGUCUGGUAUGUGAUAAGGUAAUAGACGAAGCUGAUGUAGACAACGAUGGAAAGCUGUCUCUGGAAGAUUUCCAACACAUGAUCAUUAGAGCUCCGGACUUUCUCAGCACUUUCCACAUCCGGAUUUAA